AUGUGGGAGAUGGUGGAUCCUAGCCAACCACCUGCCCGGGAACCUGGCGAAGGCUCGCCACGUGGAAGCGGGGACGAGCACGAUUCCUUCCUCAGACGGAGUGGAGGCGCGACAGAUGGAAUGAAAGAGGUGGACACUAGCGCUCGACUAGUUCGCACCCCCUCCAGACAGGUCGAAGGCAGCAGUGCUGUAGGUGUAGCGCUUGCGAAUAUCCCAACGCAGCCUGGCUCAACUUCCACUCGCGGAUCGGGAGAAAAAUCUGAGGUCUCAGGAGCAACGCCGUACUCCAGCUUUCUAGAUCUCACGAAUCCGUCCAACGGGGGACGUCCCGGUUCACGGCACAUCAUUCCUCGCGAUGUUUUAAUGCGCAUGUACCCUGACUCCCCUACGUCUCCCCGUGAUCCAGCUGCACACGAAGACGAGGAGCCAGAGCACGACCAGGACUCGCCACUUCUCCCUCCCCGUCUCAUCGAUCCCAGCAGUCUCGGGAGCAGUACGAGCCGCCUGAGUCCAUCCCGCAAGCCAUCCCUGCGUUCUCUCCCUUCCACCGGUUCCGUGACACCUGACACCGAAGCGGAGCGCGCUACUGUACACACCGCGCGUCGCGUGAGGGUUGGUGAUCUCGCAGUCCCCGCACACACGCUCGCGUCCGUGCCCGACAACUCGCCUCGCGACGAAGUCGGCCCGAGCUGGGCACGCGGCAUCGGCAUCGGUUCUCUCGCCAAAUUCGGAAGACUGAGCUGGUUCAACCGCGAGGCGCCCCCGAGCAGCUACUCCCGCCCAGGCUCCCGCGGGCCUUCGCGUCCCACAUCUUUUGCCGCCCGCGCACUGUCGGAUGCCGAGAUGGAGGCCGGACGCGCAGCGGCUGGCGCUAUUCGGCUCGAUAUGUCCUUCCGUGACGGCCCUCGUCCGCUCUCGACUGUAAGCAAGGGCAGUGCGAAAUCCUCGGGACACUCUGUCUACUAUGACGCGGCAUCUAGACCUCAGACGCCACUGAUUUCGCCACUGCCCACUGCUGUAACCUCGGCUAAGCCAGGCCCGUCCCAUCUGUCUACCAGUCAUGGACCCGAGGGCGAGCCGCCAGCUUAUGAACCAACCGCGCAGCCUGCACAGCCAGGCGGGUCUGGAGAAAUGCCAUCUGAGAUCACGGAUAUACUAGAUAUGCCUAUACCUGCCCCUAUACCUCCAUUUGCCGCCGCGCAGUCAUCUAUAGGGCGUUCCGGCGACGGGAAGGCCUCUUUCCCACCUGGACUUGCGCCCAUGCCGAAUCCCAGUGCAUGGCGAGAUUCAGGGUCCGGAGAGAGCCCGGCAUCGUUGGGCUCCGGCAGCUUUGGAAGUGUGCCUGGAAUCUCCCUUGAUAUCCUCGAAGAGGCGCCGCCGUCGGCCGGAGAGGGCUGGAGGCAAAUGCGAGGAGGGUCAGGUCAUGUCCAGGAGAGGCGCACAACUUUUGGCACGCCCCCAGUCCUCGUGCAUCCUCGAGAACGCAAUGCUUCCGAGGAAGCCUCUCUGCACUCAAUGCGCUCUCACCUUAGCCCACUCAGUGCAUCGGGCUCGGCACCUUCAUCGCGGCACACCCUGUCCACGGGUUCCGGGCAUUCGCAAGGACGAUCAGGUAGCAGCGGUGCCUCCCUGAUGCACUCCGGCUCGAUCUCAUCGGAUGGACGUCGUCGUCAUCGCGCAGAUCCGGGCGAGAUAUCUCCGCCGAUAUCUGCUAUCGGCCGCUCGAGCAUGAUGCCCACGCGUCGGGACGCCUCUUCACCCUCUCCUCAGCGCAUACCAGCAAUUCCUGUGCUUCCGCCCGUGAUUAGCGCGACCGUCACCUCGUCGAGCACCACUUCCACCGGCCAGACGUCGUCCAGCGUCACCACGCAUACGUCGGUAGUUGAUCCUUCUACAGGCGAAGUGAUGCGCUUCCCCCAUGUGCCAUGGACCGGUGGGCUGAGUGUUCAGGAUGGCAGCGGAAGCAGCCGUAGCGCGUGGGGAGGGAGUUGGAGCUCACCUAGUCAUCUCCAAGCGCUGCGGACCCAUGAACAAGACCACGGAUACCACACAUAGAAUCUGACAGGGCCAGUGACAUCGGACUGUGCAGUCACUCUCUGUUUGAUGCUUCUUUGAUCUGGACAUCGGACUUUUCGACCCUUGGGGGGAUUUUUUUCGGGGUGUUUUCCUCUGGCUUGUCCGCAUUUCUUGCUCUUCGCUCUUGGUGCUCGACGCUACCUUCGCGCUUGAUAUCUAUCUAUCAUCUGAUUAUACCGUGCUCAUCCAUCUUCGUCGAUUCCGCCAUUUUUUUUUGCGAUACCUCAUCCUAUACGUCUGUCUGCUUGCACGAGUCUAACGAUCAUCUCAUGAUAUGUUUAUGAUCUUUCUUUUCCUGCUCUUUUAUCUAUCGACGUCCUCUCUCCAAGACUUUUCUCGCGUACGUGAAUGCCUGCAGGUAAUCCAGAUUCCCCGGCAUUCGAGCUCGAUGCGACUCGUAAUACACUUGCAAAAAUCA